CUAACAGCCUCCAUUCACAUUCCUCACUCACACCACCAGCGACCCCCGACAUGGACAACUGCAGAUACGAUCCACCCAUGCCCAAAGCGGGAGGCAGCAACGAUGCCGGCGAUGCGCCUAGCGGCGGGGCCGGAAAUGCGAAGAUUGACCGCUUGAAGAAUGAACUGAGUCAAGCGCAAGGCAUCAUGCAGGAAAACAUCGACGAAGUCCGUCUACGAGAGGAAAAUCUGCGGCACUUGCAGGACAAGACCGAUAACCUGGCCGUUUCAGCUCAGGGUUUCCGGAAAGGUGCGAAUAGAGUGCGGAAGAAUAUGUGGUGGAAGGACAUGAAGAUGCGCAUCAUUAUUGGCAUCGCCAUCGUCAUAAUUCUUGUUAUCAUAAUUGUACCCAUCGUCAAGGCUACCAAGUGACGUGUCUACAGGAAUGUCGCCUACUCCGUCCACACGAAUGGCUUCAUCAGUUGCUGAUGCAAUCACAUAUCCUAUUUUUAAUUCUUCUUUGUUCGAGCCGGUAUUGAUUUCUUUGGAGAUGGGAGUGGUGUUGUACUGGGUGGGAGCACUGGUAGGGCAGGAGUUCAGCUCGGUGCGAUUUAGCUCUCUGUGUUGAGGACGCUCUAUUUUAUCAGUAGUUCUCCUUUGUCCCCCUUCUUACUCAUAUAUGUUCAUGUGUAUUAUCUGCUUAUUGGAGUGGAAUGGACGCUGAUGCAAGUUCGCCG